AUGACGAUACAAGUUGUUGUCCCUAAUCUUGAGAAGAACUAUCCUCGUCGUAGAGAUCGCCUACAUGAGGAGCCCUCAGCCAAAAAUGCCCAGGGACUAUUUCCUCCUGAUGCAUGCAUCUUUGUUGGGAAUCUUUCCACAAAGGUUUGCACAGAUGACCUGGCUGAAGACCUCAAGAAAGUCUUCACCGAGUUCGGCCAAUGUCAUGUUAAGAUAAAGCAGGAUAAGAAAAAAAGGGCUGCCAGGAGCCUUUGUACAAUUCGAGUGAUCGUGUUAUGCUGCAUGACCGGUGGCUUCGUAUCGAGAGAGCGAAAGGAAGAAAAUGAAGGAACCGCCGGUCUUGGUCUUCGGUCAGGUGCCCCCAUCACGGUUGAUGACCUAUCUUUCGCACUGGAAGGACGAGGUCCUGUGGAGGCUUAUUGUUUCGAAUCGUACCUAGUUGGUCCCCAGAUAUGGGCAUUAAUUUGUAAAGUCACAUUUGCCUAUGUCGAUGAUUGCAGGGACGCUAUCAAGAUGGUGCGUAACAACAACAACACCCGAUACAAUAAUGCUAGAGUAUACCGGAAUCAGCAAAAUCGAGCUGGCUAUCGUGGUGUAGGUUGGAGACCUUCUUUCCGACCCCUACAGCAACAGCAACAGCCAGAGAGCCAGUCUUCACCUUAUCUACGAGAUCAUUUCCCCGUCCCGCCCAUCUGGAUGAACGGCACGCAAUACAAUCACGAAGCACAUCAACCAGUCUAUCCGCCACCACAACCGCACUUGAAUAGCUUUUACGGCCCUCCUCCACUGGUCGUUCAUGGCCAGCCUAUAUUUGAUCAUUUGCCCUCGCCCCCUGACAUGUAUCUUUCUCCCAGUCUGGCUGGACCUUUUAUCAUCAACAGUCCAUUACAAUAUGAUGGUAGCAUGUCGGCAUUGAAUCACGAGGCAUUCCCCCCACACGGCGGUUUUCCAAGUCUGUCAUCUGGUAAUAUAAGCCAGCAUGGUGGAUAUUCCAACCAACAAGCCUAUGAUGGACAGGGAGCCUAUGCGGCCACAUUUGACCAUCAACCUCCACCUCAUGAACAGCAUCAGACAACGCCACCACCGAAAAAUUGUGAAAUGGUGAAAGAUAAAGCAGCAGAGGAUACUGGAAUAGAGAAGCUCCUUGAGCUCAAUAAACCAGAAGCGCCUCCAAAGCUCAUUCGUGUCGGCGAGUUUGACUGCAGCACGACAACUAAGAAGAAAGAACAACUCGAACCAGUCAAGGAGGAAGACGAAGAUGGGAAUGAGACACAAGCUACGGAAUUAACCUGUGACUCGGCAUCUAUUUCCGACUCAAGCAGCAGUAGAAGCUCUCAUCGUUAUCAUUAUCGUCUUGACAAAAACUGCAAAAAUGAUCACACAAAACAUCUAGGCAAAGAGUAUACACCGAGCUUCUCACGCUCUCGUUCGUGUUCUCGCCCAUCUAGUAUGAUUGCAUACUAUGCGCCUUCCAGCCCUGCAAGUGAUAUCUGCCUAGCGACUCAGACCACGCCUACCAAAACAAUUGAUGAAUAUGUGCGAUACCAGGCACCAACCAAGCAAGACUUGAGUGUUAGUGAAAAUGUUAAAAGAGAUGUGGUCAUACCGCUAGAAGCAGAGCAGGUACAAAAACAGAAGACGGAGCCGUUCAUUGACUCGAAUUUGUUCACCAAAAUCAGUUUGACGAAAUUCUUCCACAUGGGUUGA